AAUUUUCAAUUUUAAUCAAAAAAUCGAGAGUAAUGAUAUUGUUGAUAUUGGUUCCCUGAUCAGCGAUUGUUGUUGUUUUGCCUGUCAGACUGGCCGACGCGCUACAAAAAGAAAACUUCUAUCCGUAUAAACAAAAAUUUUCCGAGAGCUUCUUAAUUACGUUUUUGCUCAGUGCCUUCUAAUAUCACCAAUCUUGUAAAAAUGAGUGACCAAUUCAAUAAACGAGUAAAAUAUAAUUCAUAUUCGUAUCGUUAUCGCGAUGCUACAGAGCACCGAGCAGCUUUGCUAGAGCAGAAUGACGAAGAGCUAGUUGCAGGAGGAAGUUCAUUCGUUAUUGGAAGCAACCAAGGCGCAGGCGAUGCACCUAUGGAUUAUCAUUCAGAAGGAUCUUCCAAUGUGAUGGCAGAAGAAGCCGGUGUAACGACAAGCGAACCUGAAUGUGAUGAGUUUGUUACGGACUAUUUAGUUGAAAGCUCUGACGAUGAAAGAAUGGACACAGAACGCACAGAAGGGUAUGAUGUAGAAGCCGAAUUACGUCGAUGGGCAAUAUCCACCAAUCAAUCGUAUAAUUCUAUAAGUCAAGUUAUGGAAAUCAUCUUCCAAAGAACUUUGCUGAAGACUCAUCGAAAUGGCUCAAAUGAAGUUGUAACGAUAAACGGAAGUCAGUAUUGGUAUAACGGGAUAAGACGAUGUCUGCUCAACGAACUAAGGCUGCGGCUUCUCGGAUAAAACAUAUUUUCCGUCUCUCAUAUUGAGCACCACAAUCUUGCGUGGUGUGCUAAAUGAUUCGCCACAUCGUUAAAACACGAACAAAGAGAUAAAUAUAUUAUACAUCGAAUCCUUUGUUACAUGUAAUU